GAGUGGGGGGAAAGCAAAGCAAAGCAACCAUUCAUGCGGGCGUGGCAAUCGCGCCAUCCAUAUCGUUUUUCAUUCCAAUUAGGUGCCGAAUAAAUCUAACUGUGAUUUUGAAAAUGAAAUGAAACUAUAUACAUAUACAUAGGGGUGAGAGAGAGAGAUGAGUGUAUAGUUGGUGGCAAAGAUGAUGGGUGAAGAUCUGGGCAUCGAAGCCAAAGAGGCUGCUGUACGCGAGGUCGCAAAGCUCUUGCCUCUUCCCGAACUCUUGCAAUCCAUUUCAUCAAUCAAGGCCGACUACAUUACUCGUCAACAGGCAAAUGAUGCACAACUCAGUACAAUGGUUGCAGAACAGGUUGAGCAGGCACAAGCUGGGCUAGAAUCACUUUCCUUGUCUCAAAAGACAAUAAACCUUAUUCGUGAGAACUUCAUUUCUAUUGAAAAGCUGUGUCAAGAAUGCCAGACAUUAAUUGAAAAUCAUGAUCAGAUAAAGCUCCUUAGCAAUGCAAGGAAUAACUUGAACACAACUUUGAAGGAUGUGGAGGGGAUGAUGUCAAUUUCUGUUGAAGCAUCUGAGGCACAGGAUUCUUUGAGUGAUGAUAAGGAACUCACUAACACAUAUGAGAGGUUAACAGCUCUUGAUGGAAAGCGGAGGUUUGCAUUAGCAGCUGCAGCAUCUCACAAAGAAGAGGUUGGCAGACUAAGAGAAUAUUUUGAGGAUGUGGAUCGCACUUGGGAAACAUUUGAGAAGACAUUGUGGGGUCAUAUUUCCAACUUCUUCAAACUUGCCAAAGAAAGCCCACAAACUCUGGUUCGUGCUUUGAGGGUUGUUGAAAUGCAAGAAGUCUUUGAUCAGCAACUUGCAGAGGAAGCAGCUGAGGCUGAGGGAGCUGGAGCAAUGGCAACAGUUGCAAAUCCUCGUAGAAAUGCCAAAAAAUCUACCACUGCAAUGGUAUCUUCUAGGAACCUUAUACAGCAGAAAGUGAAAUCCCAAGGAAAAGGGUACAAGGAUAAAUGCUAUGAGCAAAUAAGCAAGACUGUUGAAGUCCGUUUUAACAAACUGCUGUCAGAGCUUGUAUUUGAGGACCUAAAAGCAGCUUUAGAGGAAGCUCGAACGAUUGGAGAAGAGCUUGGAGAUAUAUAUGACUAUGUGGCUCCUUGUUUUCCUCCAAGAUAUGAAAUAUUCCAGUUCUUGGUAAAUCUUUACACUGAGAGGUUCACUCAGUGGCUGAGACUGCUUAGUGACAGGGGAAAUGAUCUUACAAACAUUGAAAUUCUGAAGGUGACUGGUUGGGUGGUUGAAUACCAAGAUAAUCUGGUAAGCCUUGGUGUUGAUGAGUCGUUAGCUCAAGUUUGUUCCGAGAGUGGUGCAAUGGAUCCCCUUAUGAAUGCAUAUGUUGAAAGAAUGCAAGCUACAACAAGGAAAUGGUACUUGAAUAUCCUUGAGGCUGAUAAGGUACAGCCACCAAAGAAAACAGAAGAUGGGAAGCUAUAUACGCCUGCUGCUGUUGAUUUGUUUAGGAUCCUUGGCGAGCAAGUGCAAAUUGUUCGUGAAAAUAGCACCGAUGUCAUGCUGUACAGAAUUGCUUUGUCCAUUAUUCAGGUAAUGAUUGAUUUUCAAGCAGCUGAAAGGAAGACACUUGAAGAACCGGCUUCUGAAAUUGGUCUAGAACCUUUGUGUGCAUUGGUUAACAACAAUCUGCGUUGUUAUGAUCUUGCAAUGGAGUUGAGUAACAGCACUUUAGAAGCUCUUCCACAGAACUAUGCUGAACAGGUUAAUUUUGAAGACACUUGCAAAGGUUUCCUGGAGGUUGCAAAGGCUGUUAGGAACGAGAAUGAUUUGGAAAGCUUAAAUGUGAAACCUAAAUAUCGUAGCAUGAACUCGUUUUGGAAGUACUACUCAGGGGAAAAAGUAGCUCCAUAUCCAACUAUAUUCAUUGGUGGAAAUCAUGAAGCAUCUAAUCACCUGUGGGAACUAUUAGAUAUGAAGAUUGCAGUGGAAGGGUGUAUGCAUGGAGAUUUGGACAAUGUAUACGCAACUCUUUUGCAUUUGCAAGAAGUAGAGAACACGAAAAUCGACCUCCUUAUUUGCUGCGGUGACUUUCAGGGUCCUAUUGCUGGUUAUAGAAGUGUUUUGAGAACAUUUAUCUCAGCAUUUAUUGCAUCUUAUGAGAUCAGUCUUCAGAGCCAUAAGAUGCUACUGCCGCCUCCUGAUCCUUCGCAAUGCCAAAAAUCAAUGGAAACCUUUCCUCCAAAGGCACCUCUCCACAAAUGGUCUGAAGGGCAGGUUACAGAGUACCUAGUUGCAACAUUUGGUGAUUAUUUUACAGAUGUAAAAAUGUACAUUGAAGAAAGAUCAUUUAGGAGAUUUGUUGAAGCUUGUCUGGAAGAAACUGUAGUUGUUUAUGUCGAUCAUCUAAUUGCCCAGAAAAAUUACAUCAAGGAGGAAACAAUUGAACGAAUGAGGUUGGAUGAAGAAGUCCUCAUGGAUUUCUUCAGAGAGUAUAUUAAUAUUUCUAAAGUUGAAAACAGAGUGAGGAUUCUAAGUGACUUGAGAGAGCUUGCUUCUGCUGAGAGUUUGGAUACUUUCACACUCAUUUACACAAAUAUCCUUGAGCAUCACCCUGACUGCCCGCCCGAGGUCGUCGAAAAACUUGUGGGACUGCGAGAAGGCAUACCACGGAAGGAUGCAAAGGAGGUUGUACAAGAGUGUAAGGAGAUAUACGAGCAUUCAAUGGAAAAUGGAAACCCCCCAAAGGCUGGUUUUGUUUUUCCGAGGGUGAAGUGCCUGAAUCAAUCCAAAGGAUCUCUGUGGCGAAAAUUGACUUAGUUCUGUUUCAAAUUUCUAUCCUGGGAUAAAUAGCAGCAUGAGUCAUUGACCUGACGCAAUUUUGGCGGCCCAAAUUUAUGAAACGAAGUAAUAUUCUUUCAUUUAUUUUUUAUUGCCUAUUUUGAGUAUAAUUCUUCCUUUUGCAACAUUCGAUUUUGACAAUUUUGCAUUUCAUUUGAAAAUUUCAAAUAAUGUAGUGUGAACUUGUCUAAGAUAAUAAUACAGCUAACCAAAUUUCACUUCU